AAAUAAUUAAAAAAAAAUACAAACGUCAAAAUAGAAAAAUAAAAAUGGCUGCUUUGUGUUCGUCAUUAUGUGUUUGGUGUCGUAUUUUGCGCGAAUACUACACUUAAAACUGGAAAUGUGUACUAUACAUAAGUGAAAACCAUCAUUGUAAACCUAUCUUAAGUGGAAACAUUCGUUAAUCUGCACGAAAAAACAAAAAAUUGUAAUGUCGGUCGACAAGUCAAUGGAGCUGCGAAGCAAUGAGAUCGAUAAAAGCAAACGUCGUCAUAGAACUGACGACACUGUUGUUGCGACAGCGGCAUUGACUGGCGGGGGAGAUUCGCAACAAUACGCGAAGAUGGAGAAUGCAGACGACGGCGCGGGGAAACCUACAGAUUUAUGUUUACAAAGCAACUUGCAUUUGGUGUCUAGUACUACAAGUAGUUUAGCCGAUACGCCCGGUGAUUCUGGUGUUUUGUGUUUGGACAGUGAAGCCUCUGAGAUAACCAGUCAGGCGUUGAUGUCACACAGUUUAGUUGGAGCUGAAGAAUUAGCGUGCGACAGCCUCUAUGAUGCUGUUCCAUCUUCUUCUCAGGACAUGAUUAAGAGCACAACCAGCAGCCUAAUGACUCGGAGCGACAUAGACAAUCAGAACAUGGGAGCACCUGAAGACAUAGUCCCUGAACUCCUUGUAGAAACUAACAAAAAAUCUCCAGUCUAUGAAAACUUGCCAGAUGUAGUUUUAAAAGCAUUGGAGAGUGAGAAAAUUUCUACUGAAAACAUAGAAAAACCUACACGACCAAAUGAGCCAAAGAAGUCCCUCUCUGAAGAUAUUGUGUAUAGGAGGAAAUGCAGAAAGAAGUCACAAAGCGGAGGCAGCUCACAGAAAAAACGGGUAUCUUUCCAUGAGGAUAUAUUAAACAAUACGAAAACGGAUAAUAUUCAUAUUGAACGAGGUUUCAUCUCAUAUGGACCAGAUAACACAUAUUGUGAUAGGUUUAGACAAAAGAAUAAUAUUGCAACUGAUAGAUUUUCAUGGUGCGCAUCUGGGGAUAGGUCACCAAAGUAUGCAGCAGAUGUGGCGCAGCAGACCAUGUCUGACCUACUUGUUUAUGGUGACUCCAAAGCUGACCGAAGUGGUGUAUUUGAAUAUUGUCAAGAUUAUGAUAAUGAAAACCAGGAGAAUGACAAUAAAGAUAAAGAUAACAAUAAUGAGACAAGGCCAAGAGGGAAAUUAUAUGGAUGUGACUCCAACAGCUCAGAUUCUAAUUUUAGCUGUGACUCUGAGACAUCUUCCAGUGACUCAUCCUCCUCACAUUCUAAUAAAACAGAAGCUACACUUCUGCAUAGAAAAUGUGACAAAGCUCAAAAAUCAUACUCAUGUGACGGAUUUGAAAAUAAUGCUCAUGUAGCUUUUAUGAGGAAAACAUACUUCUCUGAAGCUGAUAUAGAUCAACCCCAUGAUAGAACGAAGAAGCCGCUAGAAGUUACAGAAAGCCCCAACAGAGUUAAAUCUGUCUUAAAGAAAAAGCGCUACAUAACCACCAAUGUAGUUGAAGAGAAAAAACAAAAUACCAAAGUCUUAAAUCUACUGGAUGUUAAUAUUAUAGAUUCCUUGAAAAGUUUUUACAAGAAUUUUAAUUUCAAUUUUACACCAGAGAAAGGUUUACCUGAGAACAGUAUUGAAUUAACUAAUGUAGUUGAAGCUUUGCCUGAUGUUAAUCAGAACAAAAAACUAUCUAAAAGUUUGGAUUCAGGCUUUCAGAUUGAUGAUGAAGAUGAUUUUGUGGAGAUUAAUCUAAAUGGGCAGCAACUAGAAGCAGCUCCACCUAAAGAGAUGAUAUCCUCAACAAAAAGUAAUAUCACAGGAGAUAGGACACCCAACGAGGGCUCUCCACGGCACAAACUCACUCUGAACAUGAAAGCACAAUUUGACAAGAAAUCGGCUAACAAAUCUGAUGCUUUCCCAUCCGUAAACAAAUAUGUUGUGAACUGUGAGAGCACAGUUUAUGAACAUAAAGGAGUAUCUUACAGUUAUGUGCACGAUACAUUCCAGACUGCAUUUGAUGCUCCCAAGGAAACAUUUGUCCCUAUACCAGAAAGCACUCCAGUAAAGGAGCUAGUGACUAGUACUAGCAAAGCCGACUUUACUCUAAAGCAGACUGAUACAGAUUCAUCCAGUAGGGCUUCUACACCCAAGAGGCAAUUCAACAAGAAUGUCCUGGAUGAAACUGAACAGAAAAAUGGUAUUCCAAAGCAUUUAUCUUCUCCUAAAAGGCAAAACGUCAACCGUUACAGAAAAUCAGCUUCUACGCUACAGAAAACAAAUGAGGAACAACAGCAAACUAGUGACAACUGCUCAAACACAGAUAACUCCACUUUAAAAGGUGGUGAAGAUUUUGCAGAUGACUUCUUUGACAGCCCUUCUCAAAAGAUGAACUCUGACAAAUCCGCUUUACUGAAUCGAUAUUUGAAAAAUGUAUGUCAACGUAAAGAUUUGGAACUGAAGAUACGGAAUAAUAAGUUCUUUCAAAACAAAUUGCGAAUGGAGAAAGGUUUCCCGAGCAUCAUAUAUCCGUUUGAGCACGUAUCUGAUACGUUCCACACUUCCGCGGCGCGGAUGUCACGCCUCGUAGACAAAGAGGUGAUUGAAAACAAAAGACUGUCGGUGCGGCUGCUGACGGCCGACGAGCCGUCCUACUUUGACAGCUUUGAAGAUAACGUCGCCAUAGAGUGUAAUGAGAAAUUGAGACUGCAAAUAUUCUCGUAUCCUAAUGAAACUUUGAACAGGAUGAUGAAAGUGCAGUCCCAGUACAACAUGGAAGACGGCGCGUGGACCCCUUUACUUGUGUUCAUCACGGACUACGCCCUCUACGUGGCGGGCCUGACCCCUGGCGGCACGGAGUAUGACAUACUUUGCAGGCUGCCGCACAGCGAACUAGAUGCCAUAGCGGUGGGUCCUGAAGCGCAAUACGUCCAGAUCAUCGACAUCUCGGGCAACAUCGCCUGCUCUAUCGUAACCGGAGAGUCAUCUCUGGGCGUCCGCCUAGUAUCCUCUCUGGAGUGGAGCGCGCGUACAUCGCCACUGCGUGUACAGCGGCCGCCCGCCAUCAUACCGCUGAGUUGCAAGCAUUUGGCUGCUGAAGUAGCUAAGCAAAGGCAUCAAGAUAAGGUAUCAGACAUCUUAUACUACGGUCGGGCCUGGUCAGGGGACGCGGGUGACCGUCUUAUAGAAGCGCCGGGGGCCUUCGCUCCGCCGCUCGAGGGGUACCUCAUGUGCCGCACCGACCGCAGCAAGCGCUUCGAGCCUUGCUACUUCUUACUAAGAGCGGGCGUCCUCCAAUGGGGUCCUCACCCGCCCGACACCAACACGUCCCUACCGAACGCCAUCGCGCUCCGCUCCGUGGUGGGCGUGCGGCGCCACGUGGACAGCUCGCGGCGCCCGCACUGCUUCGAGAUCGCCAUGAACACCGGCGCCAGGCUGCUGCUGGCCGCGCCCGACGACCCCGCCGCCUCCUCCUGGCUGCAGUCGCUGCUGCUGCACGCGGCGCAGGCGUUGGAAGAGAAAGACGGUCUGUCAGUGGAGCGCGCAGGGCCGCCGUGCGCGUGCACGGUGCUGGUGACGGCGCGGGAGGUGCUGAGCGUGCGCGCGCCGCUAGACCUGGCCUUCGUCGCCGGCGCCGCCGCCUACCUCAAGGAGCGCGGCGACGAGGCGCUGCUCAAAGAAUAUGUCGCGGAAAUGCGGACGGACGUCGAGAUACUGGCGUGCGGUUCGCUCAAGAACCUGACCGCCUUCAAAAUACCCGACACCGACGAGAACUGGUGCUGCCUGGAAUGGUCAGUGUGCGAGGCGCGCGAACGUGGAUCAGGACUGGCGCUGGUGAUGGCCAGUGGUGCAGAGCUGGAGCGACUUAUCGCCGCCGUCGAGCGGGCAUUCUGUGCACACACUAGCGAGCCAUUCCCGCUAAGCGUGGUCGAGGCGUCCAAGUCAGCGUGCAGCACUGCGCAUUCUAAAUUCGAGGCCGCCUGGACGCACAUGCUACCGCAGCAGUAAACAGGUACAAGCGAUGACCGAUAAUAGCCCUUACAGUAUUGUAACAAGGUUCAAGGGUGGUCAGUUGUCGCUUCGAUGAUGUUCAGUAGACGGAACAAACGAGGCUGACCGGUUAUAGACCUUAUACCAUUGUGACAAGGUUCACCGGUGGUCAGGUAUGGCUUCUAUGAUGUUCAGUAAGCAGGCUCAAACGAGACUGACCGGUUAUAGACCUUAUACCAUUGUGACAAGAUUCACGGGUGGUCAGUAACUUCGAUGAUGUUAGCUAAGUCGACUUAACAUCGUUGUGAUAAUUUACUUAUUGCUGUGUUCGAUAAAGUCAUCGAAUUCGUCAAGCCGCUUAUUUACUGAUAUUCGUCCCUAAUAUAAAAUACCGCGGGUCAUAGGAAAGGCUUAGACCCUCUUGCACCAACCACAAGUAGCGAAACGAUCAAUCUAACUCUACAGUUAAUUAUGAAACUUCCCUUACAGAUGUAGUGCAUAAUUAUUUUCCGUCGUAUUUUCACGGAAACGCACGAAGGUGUCUUGCUAUUUCAGCCAGUCUCGGUACAAAAAGUACAGACGUUGACUGAAGUAGCAUGACAAAUACGAACGUUUCCGAGAAAACACGGUGGCAAACAAUUUAAACAAAUUAUGCACUACAUCUCUACAAUCUUUAACGGUAACAGGUGGUUUAGUGCAUCCGAACCUUAGGCCCACUUGCACCAUCCCACUAACCCGGGGUUAAGCGGUUAAACCGUUAACCUAGUGUCAAAUUGUGCUGGUAACCAUGGCAACUCCAUGUUUAACCGGUUAAACCCGGGUUAGUGGAAUGGUGCAAGUGGGCCUUAGCCUAUUUCAAGGUGUUGGACAUUGUAGUGUACAGGAGUCUAGGAUUGAGUGGAAGAAGCGGCGAUCGAUUUCGGCUUUAACCUCUAGCCGCCCAUACGUCAAACCUUGCCAAGCAAAAUGAAAUUUUGGUUUUGUCAUCACAAAGUUCAAAUUAGAGUGGAUCAUGAGACCUUUUUAUAGGUCUCUGGGCGGCUAGAGGUUAAGCGCUGCGUUUAACUAAACUCAUUCACAUUUUCCCAGUACGAGUGUGGUAAGCCCACUCCACGCUCGUGAGCGAAUGGCGGCACAAAGCCGCGAACGCGAGUGUGGCAUUAACGUAUACAGGGUGUCCCAGAAUUCGACGUCAAGCCGUAAACGGAUGAUAGACCAAGUCAUAACAGUUAUCAUAAAAAUACAAAAAAAAAUCCAACUCAUGUUCUUUAAAAAUAAUGCUCACUUUAAAAAUUCACUAAAAAAUCCACACCCUGUAAUUAUUCAAGAUUACACAAUAAUAAAAAAAUUAGAAUAAAUUAUGGAAUUUGUAGUAACAAGAGUUAAAGAACCAUUACAGGUUGUGGAUUUUUUAGUGAAUUUUUAAAGUGACCAUAAUUUUUAAAGAACAUGUGUUUUGACGUCGAUUUCUGGGACACCCUGUAUAUCUAUGGACUGGCCUUACGGGCACUAAAAAUGGUAUUAGUUCAGCGGUGUUACUCACAAAUUCUAGCCAAUCGUGCAUUCUAACGCAACUAGUUGCGACCAAUAGCGCGCGUGAUGCGAACUCAUCAACCAAUCGCGCGCGUGUUGCGACCUCAUCAACCAAUCGCGUUGUAGCGGUGUCACACCGCUGUACUAGCCCUGUCAUGCCUCAUUAUUAUUGCCCGUAAAGCCAGUCCCUAGAUAUCUAUGGCAAUGGAGUGUGGAGGAUGCAAUAGACAAUUUUACUAAAAUAAUGGUGGUGUAAAAAAAUCUGUUUUGAUCAUAAUUCUACAGAAAACGACAUGCUACCUACAUUCGAUCGCCCCCUCUAAGGCUCUAGGUUAAUAAACAAAAUGUAUAGAUAUCGACUUAAAUAAUUAAGCGUAUAUGUAAUGGCUUUUUGUGCUAUUAAAUUAUAACAAUCAAACGUGCGAAUUUCUAUAUUGCAUCGAUGUACUGAGGAUUAUUUACAAGCAAACUCAAAAGGAAAUGCCUAAAGAUCGGUUUUCCUAGGAUAGCGGUGCCGUCAUAAUUAUAGCGGCCGUCUCCAUACUAAAUAAUACGACUAAAUAUGGAUGUCGUAGUAUUUGUAUCGAGACGGCCCCUAUAUGACGGCACCGCUAUCCUAGGAAACCAGCGCAUAAGAGAAGGCCCUAUUCAAGAUGAAAUUAAAUUUGUUUAACAUAUACAUAGGGGUACGUUUAUACUAACUCGCAUUAAAAAAGGAGAUAUUCUAGCAGUUUCACUUUUAAAAGUGCCUUUUAUCUGUGACCUGUGAGUUAUCAUCCCGUGUGAGCUUAGAUUUAUGUAUCAAUCUAAACGAAAAUACAAGAGUUCUUCAGAGUAUUUCAUAGUGGCGAUAUAAAGGCCUUUUGCUCUACGGUUAGUAGUUGUUCGCCUUUCAUAUUGUAAAAAAAAACUCCAAAAUAAGGCGCCUAUUACACCGGCUCCUUUUACUUGAGUAUAAGUAAAUUCUGAAUUGCAAUCAGACAAAAAAAUGUUCUAACUCAAUGUACGGGUUUUGAUUAGAAAACUACAUCUUUAAACUUUGUUGAUAUUGACAUUGAGACAUGAAACAGUAACAGUGUAGUCAAAUUAUGUAUAUAUUAUUGACUCUAUGUCUCUCUAUAAUUGGAUAUAAUAUAUGUACUUAGAUACUCAUAUUAAAAUCCUAACCUACACAUGACGAACAGACCUAUUACAAACUUUUAAUAUUAUUAGACUGAAAAAUUAUGAUAUUUCAUUCAUUGAGUAUCAGCUUGUAAAUUAUUAAAUUUAAUUAAAAUUUUCUGCAAACGAAUAUGUCAUACUAUAAGAGAUUCCAGUACCUAUCGAAUAAUAUUAAAACAAAACCUGGUUAAGAUAUCUUAGGUUGAUAUUCCACCUGUCCAAUUUAUUGGUCCAAUGUGCAUUGCGUCUCACUCUCACUAAGCAAAAUGUGAGACGCAAAUACACAUUGGACAUAGAAAUUGGACAGGUGGAAUAGCACCCUUAGGCAAAACAUGAUGUUAAAUGUAUUCAGUUUGUAGUUUCAAAUGUAUACGUCUGUGAAACAGAACCACUCCAGCGGCGAUAGCACGGUCGCAUUUUUAUCGUUUGUCUCCAUGCCUGUCACGUUCUAACAAAUAAUGUAAGUGCGAAAGUGACGGGCAUAGCGAUAGGCGAUAAAAAUGGAACCGUGCUGCGCCCGCAGUUAGCACAAUCACAAUAUUCAACACAUUUAUGCUUCCUCGCUAAUAGUCUGGCUAAUGAAUGAAAGUUGGACCAUCCAAUUUAAUAAUGAGACAAAAUCAUUGAUCAAAUUGUUCUAUGCGUAGUGUUGUCCAGUAAAAUAGUUAGUAAAUUUUCCUUAGCCAGACUAUUUUUACUAUAGUCGUCCAGUGUAGUAAUACUCAAGCGUGUAAUAUAAUAUACCUAACUUCAUUAGCAAGCAUACGUAGUCGUAUGUAAAAUGUAGUUGGUUAUCCGUAACUACGUAGCUAUUAAGACACCAUAGAUAUACAAUAUUCUUAGAGCAUUUCGUAGCUGGAGACGCCUUGUCUGUCUGUAUAAAACAGUCUGCCUAUUUUUGCACAGUUGUGCAAGGUUUUCGGCAGAGGGGUAAGCUCUUAAAAGCGACUCCAUUUAUUAAAUGCUUUAAGACAAUAUUAUACAUAAAUUAUAAACGAAUAGUCCAAUCCUUAUACCUAAUAUAAUAUAACAAGCAUUUCUUUAGAAAAGGAAUAGUGUUUUUGGUAUUCUCAGACGAGAAAGGAUAUGUAGUUUUUCGUGGUCGGUUUACGCGGCUUAUUAUAUCGAAUAUAUAACUGCAUAUCUACAAGAUAUAUCCCAAGUGAAAACGUUUAUUUUUCAUAUGUAAUAAGGUAAAUAAUGUACCUAAUGUUUACAUUUGAUUAUUUUUGUAAGUCGGAGGUAUUUGUAGAUGGCUUAGGCAGAGUUUUGUGAGCGCUAUUCUGAAACUUGUGCUUUGAUGUGUCGUUCAGAUGAGACCUUACCCCCUAAAACUGCAACUUAUUUAGCUAUAUUGUAUUUAAUUGUAUCGAUAUGUUACAUAAUGUUUCAUUAUUUAAUUUUAAUGAUUUUUUUCAGUUUAUUGUACUCUGAACUUUUUUGCGAGAUUUAUUAGGUGAACUCAAAUUAAAUAACCUAUUCAGAAACAUAGGGUUUAAGUUUUUAACCCCUGGUCCAUGUAAAUUAAACUUAGUAGGUAUUUUAUAUUCAUGGUAGAACAUCUUAUGAUACUUUUAGUAUUUGACAUUGUGCAGUUUGGAAUAUUUCUGAUCGUCUUUCUUUGAUGUCUAAUCACGUAGAGCGUCUUUGAUUCUUUAUGAACUAUUUGCAGAGGGGGUAGGAGGGGAAAGACACAAGUUUACAGAAUAAGGCAGCUUGGCCUGACGCUGUUGGCUAAAGUAGAUUUUAUACCUGAACAGUUUUAUAUCACGAACCUUUUGUAGCUUUAUCAUUUUAAAGCUAAUUUUAAUGGUUUCGUUUUAUUUAAAAUUCUCUUUCCAAAUUUUUUUGGCCAUGAUUGAAAACGGUGGAUAUUCGUAUAUUACCUACUCAUAUUGUUAGAUAUUUGAGGCAAAGCAAAUGCCUUCUUACGAUUAAGGUUCAUUUUUUCGUGCCUUAUUUUGUAAAUACAAUUUUAACCUCAAAUUACAUCCCAGAAAUAAACAUCUUAGCAAGUUGCAAGUAAAUCUUUUAGCAAUGUUGCUAAACAAAUUUGACAUUUUGGCACUAGAUUAUUUUUCAUAGUUAUAAUUUGAGGUUAAAAUCUUGUUUACCAAAAUGGGACAAGUAAAAAUCAAUAGUCUAGAUCUAGAAAAUUAUCCCAAGUGGUUGUCUUUGCUAUUUCAAAUGUUACCAAAUAUCAAUGUAUGAUAUCAAUACGUGUAUGUAUAAGGCCGCUGUAAGGCCGUGUGAUAUUAAUGUACCUAGGGUAGGUUCUAAUAGUGAAUCAAAAGAUAUUAUUAUAAUUUUAUCCAAUACAUUUAUUUGAAGAAUCAAUUUUCUUAUGAAUUAAGUUAUAUUUUUGUAGUCAUUGUUUAGUUUAUUACAGGAACAAAAUAUUCAUUAUAUGUUUUUAUUAUUGGUCUAGUUUUAAUGAUAUGAAUAUACUUUUAUAAAUAUAAUAAUUGAAGUGAAGCGCUUAUUGUGUUUGUAUGUAUGCGCUUUCCACUUACGUAGCUGUGAUUUGUGUUGUUCACUAUUAAGUUUUAUUGUUAAUGCAUAAUAUUUUAAUAUUAAGAUCGAUGUUUUAGCCUCAUUAUUACGGUAAUCUAUUGUUCAUUCGAUGAAUGUUAUUUAUUGCUAUAUUAGCACGCGAUGUUUUUGUCCAAUUAAUUUUGCUUGAUUUGUAGAAAUGAAUUUAAAUUAAGUAUAUUUAUGACAAUAUCUUCCUUUGGUGUGAUUGUAUGAACACACUUGAAACUUUAACUUAAAGGUCUGUCCUAAUUGGUACAAGAUAUUUUCUAAAACCCUUAACUUACCUUACUUGAACAACUUGACAAUUGUCAUCUGACACUGACAAUUUUUGGGGUGAUGAAAGACAAUUGUUCGGCUUUAAAGUGCCAUGAUUGGCGUUAUAGUACACUUUUCUAUCUUAAUGGGAAAGUCAGUAACCACUGUUGGUUAACGUAAGGUGAAACGGCCAAUCAUUGAAAGGCUGCCACGUGUUAGCAUUUCUACUUGUUUCAGACUUGUCAUUGUCAGAAGAAAAUUUACAAGUUAGUAAAAAAGAGGCAAACGCAACAUUUUGGUCAGACCUCUACGUUGUCAGUCUCGCAAAUUGGUAGCUAUAAAGUAUUAAUACGAACAAUAAUAAUAUUAAAGUCAUGCUAUAAGUAAAGUAGUUACAAUUUUGAAAUUGUAAAAUCAUUUCUGUAUCAAACCCUGUAAUCACUAAUGAAUCUUCAACUACUUAAGGCCCUACCUGACUUGCCAAUAAGGAAUCGGUGCGUCAUCAAUACUGCUACCUGAUUGGCUAAGAUGCGGGGUGCGCCUCGCUUUCAUCCAAUUAGGAAGCGUAGCUGUUGACUGUACCAGUGUACCUGUCAUUUAGGAAAAGCGCCUAACUCUUGCCUGUGUAAACUUCUUGCUUGUUUAUGUAUUUGUUUGUAUAUAGUAGUUGGAGAAUCAUUUUUCACCAUUGUAGUAUAGCCCAUUAAACUGUCAUGAAUUGUACUCGAAUACAAGAAUAUUCGGAUCGCUUAACAUUUGUUCAUAUAAACGAAAUAAAUAUCUUUGCGAAAGUA